CACUGUACCCAGCCAAGAAUAUUAUUUAGAGAUAUGGAAGUGCAGUCAUGUCUCCAUAUCCAUGGGAGAUGGGUUCCUGGGCCCCUUGUGGAUACCAAAAUCCAUGGAGGCUUAAAGACCCUAACAUAAAAUGGUAUAGUAUUUGCAUAUAACUUAUGCAUAUCCUCUUGUAUACUUUAAAUCAUCUCUAGACUAGUUCUAAUACCUAAAAUACUAUAUAAAUAAUUGUUAUAGUUAUUGCUUAGGGAAUACAGACAAAUAAAAAGUCUGUACGUGUUCAGUACAGACAAAACCAUCCUUUUUAUUCCCCCUGAAUAUUUUUGAUCCACAGUUAGUUGAGUCCAUGGAUGUGGAAUUCAUGGAUAUGGAGGACCUAUUAUAAUCAAAAGAAUAACUAAAAGCCCCCGUUUCUGGUGGCAAGGUCUGAGAAAGGGGCGGCAGGCACCAUGUCCCGCCGAAAAGGUGGCAAGAAAAAGCCCCUGAAAAGGCCCAAGAAGCAGGCCAAGGAGAUGGAUGAGGAAGAUAAGGCUUUCAAGCAGAAACAAAAAAAGGAGCAGAAGAAACUCGAAGAGCUAAAAGCGAAGGCCGUGGGGAAGGGGCCCCUGGCCACAGGUGGAAUUAAGAAAUCUGGCAAAAAAAAUAAGCUGUUCCUUGUGCCUGAGGAGACAGUGACCCCUUAUUUCAUCCAUAUUUAAACAUCUGUAUUCCCUGCCAUAACACUUUUUGCCUCCUGUAGACGGCAUUAAGUGUUGUCUUGGAGCUGUUGUACAUUUUAAAAUAAACUUUUGUUAAAAAAAAAAAAAAAAAUCUUCUAGUGGCUCAUAAUUUAGCUGUUUUCACUAAGUCAGUCCUACCAUAAAUGUGAAUUUAAAGUAAAAUCAGCUCAGAAUCUUGCCAGAGUCUGCCCUUUGGUCCUUGUUCAACCCUAAACUUUGUAUCACCUGAAAUUAAACCAACUCAUUUGACAGGAAAAAAAAAAAAAAAA